GUCGGGACAAUAGGUGCGGUAUGAGCUGUGUCCAUGACAUGACUGAGCUGUGUCCAUGACUGAGCUGUGCCCAUGACUGAGCUGUGUCCAUGACUGAGCUGUGUCCAUGACUGAGCUGUGUCCAUGACUGAGCUGUGUCCAUGACUGAGCUGUGUCCAUGACUGAGCUGUGUCCAUGCACUAGUUUGCUGUUGUAGUCAUCAAAGAACACAGUACACAAUGGGUAUGAAGCUGAUUUUUCUCCUCAUCGUUUUUCAAGGUUUUCAUCUGGGCUUUGUAUGCUGGGGGCAGAGGACUCGAUAUAUAGUCAGAGCUUUACUUGGAUCCUGUGUUGAGCUCCCUUGUGCACAUAGGUUCGGUGACAGCCCAGAAAUGUCCGGUGUUGUAUGGUACGCUGGAAAUAAAGAGAUAUUAAACACAAAGAACUCAUCAUCAGUACUGGAGGAAUACAGAAACAGAACCUCACUGGUACCAGGAGAGAAGAGCUGUACCCUGAGGAUAGACCCUGUGAGGAGAGAAGACGGUAAUGAUUAUUAUUCAAGGAGUUCAGAUGAUAUAACGCCACAGGACUCUUACAGGCGGUAUUCUAAAUAUGAUGGUACACACCUUUAUGUCACAGGUUCUCCAAGAGGACUUCAGGUUCAUGUGUCUGCAAAUCUAACGGAAGAAAACGCCACCACCAUACGAUGCUCUGUAGAGCACACAUGCGGCUCCAGUCCUCCUACUAUACGAUGGAACAAACCCGGUCAGAUCACAAAGUAUUCAACACCCACUUGGGAAGGGUGGACAGAAGAAUCAAAACUCACCUAUAUUCCCUUCUAUGUGGAUGAUGGGAGUCGUGUUCAGUGCACGGCGACAUAUCCUAAUGGACAAAACGCUCAGAGAUCAGCAGAACUGAGAAUCCUUUUUGCACCAAAACACGUCACAGCCACCAUCAUCGAGAAAGGUGAAAUACUGGAAGGGAGUGAUGUGAAUUUGAUGUGCAUCUCCAUCUCUAAGCCUGAAGUCAAUAUGUAUGAAUGGUACAAGGGAGAAAACAGAACAUUAUUACCAUAUACCAGAUGGAAGAUGACAGUACACAAUGUAACCAGGGACAUGGAGCCAUAUUCCUGUGCUGCUAUAAAUACAGUGGGUAGAGGAGAAUCAGCCCUGAUGAAGAUACCGGUACUAUGUGAAGGAUCCAGUUAUUCUUUUACAGAAUCUAAGAGUAAUGUGAUCCUUCUAGCAACGAUCGGAACAGUCGGCCCAUUGCUGCUCCUACUGGUUGUCUACUUAUACUGGAGAAAAAGAUGCCGGAAAGGGACAAGCAGGGAGGUUGUUGAGUCUCCAGAUGCAACAUAUUCUGAUCUUGUGAAAAACGAUAUUGCAGAAGAUUAUGAAGAAUUAAGGCCUAUGAACUCCAAAUAUGUCGCCAUGGGAGGACAUGUGGGUGCAGGAAACCAACAUGAGAACACGCAUAAGAAAAAUGGGAAAACCGUCCAAUCAUUUGCUUAAUUAAUUUACUUAAUAAAAAAAUAAAAGUAAAAAAGGAAUGUUAUGUUUGUUCUCUAUAAACUCAAGAAACCUCCCUACUCCCACCCCAAAAACUGAUUCCAUUUCCUGGAAA